AUGGCGAAUUCAUUUUUUUUUANAGGAAUAGCAUUUACCAAAGGUUCAAAAGGAGUUCGUAUCGGACCGGCUGUUACAACGAAUGCAAUUUUCGACAAUAUUUACAUUUACAACACCACUGGAACAGCAUUUUCAGCCAACGAUGCCGGCAAUGAAUAUGUUAAUAUAACAUUACGAAAUAGUGAAAUAACAAAUACAAAUGCUUUGGCUAGUACAACGGGUGAAUGCGUUUAUCUCGGAUGUUCUAGCGACGCUUGCCGAAUUCGUGACUCUGUAAUUGAUCAUAAUUACUGUCAUGAUACACUUGGUUCAUCAGGAGGAUCAAGAGCUGGAUUCCAAGUCAAAACUGGUUCAUACAAUGUUAUCAUUCGUAAUAAUGUUUGUUACAAGGUAGUUGGGCCUUGUAUUGUCGUUUAUGAUGAUUAUGAUCGUGGACGAAAUUUAAUUGACGGAAAUUUAGCAAUCAGUGCUGGAACAGCUGACCUUGGAAUACAAUGCACAUCUGGAGCAACAAUCACUAAUAAUAUUGUGAUUACAGCCAAUCUUGCUGGAAUUGGUGUCAUACAGAACUCGAUUAAUCCUGCUAACAACUAUAUUCGAAAUGUAACAAUUAGUCGAAAUACUGUUUAUAUGUCGCAAGCGGAUGCAUGUCUUCGUCUAAAUGGUGUUACCAAUAAGAAUAUUACAAUCUCCAACAAUGUACUAUACUGUAAAAGUCAACCAUCAAUCAAGGCUACAAAUGAUUUGGCAGGUGCCUCAAUUUAUAAUAAUGCUGUCAAUGGCACUAUUAGUGCUACAGGUAUUCAACAAGGUGGAACGUUCACAGUCUCCAACAAUGUCUUCUUCAAUGCUGCAGCCAAUAAUCUUUAUCCAGCAGUAAACUCUUUACUGAUCAAUAACGGUGCAAAUCCACUGCGUCAAGUGCUUUAUGAUUACAAUUGA